GGCCGCCGCGCUGCAAGUGUAGUGCGUUACUUAUCACAGGCUGGGUCAUCAUCGUCACAUCGGCUUGGACUCUCUGUAUUAUUGGUUACACUCUGAGUUACGUGCAGUCGCUCAGGCAUCCCAGCGCGUCCUCUGUCCCAGGACUGUUCGAACCGCCGAUUCAGCAUCACGCUACGGAUCCUCUUCCGGUCUCUACCUGCCUGUUUCGCGAGCACCUGUUCUCACCGCAUACGCCGUCUGCAGAACCAGGCAACCAGCCUUGUCACAAUGGGCGAUCAUACCGCAGGCCCCCAGCCACCCUACCCUCUCCACCCCUCCGUGGUCCCACGAAUCGACCCCGUCUACGCCAACUUCUACAACGAGCACGUCGCAGACAAGCAGCAGGUCCACCUGCAGCCCGUAGAGGCCUCCCGCACCAGCGGCGUCCUCAUCCCCGGCGCUGGGCCAAAAUACCCCGUCGCCAAGGCCGAGGACUUGUCCUUCCCGCGCAGCCAGAGCACCGGCCCCGACGUCAGGGUCCGCUGUUUCACGCCCGAUGGGCCGAAGCCCGACAAGGGAUGGCCGUGUUUGUUCUACUUCCAUGGUGGUGGCUGGGUGCUGGGCAACAUCGACACUGAGAAUGUCAUUGCCACAAAUUUGUGUGGGCGCGCCAACUGUGUCGUGGUCAAUGUCGACUACAGGCUCGCACCAGAAGACCCCUAUCCCGCAGCAGUAGACGACUCCUGGGAAGCCGUCCUCUGGGCCCUCAGCGCCGCGGGCAAGGCCGUCCUGCCCCCCAUCGACCCCACCAGGCUCGCAGUCGGCGGCUCCUCCGCCGGCGCGAACCUCGCAGCGGUCAUGUGCCAGCGCGCAGCAAGCCGGCCGGAGCUGGGCCUCCGCUUCGCCGCGCAGCUGCUGUCCGUCCCCGUGGCCGACAACACCGCCUCGCCCGAGACCAAGGCCUCGUGGCGCGAGAACGAGAACGUGCCCGCCCUGCCCGCGGCCAAGAUGCUCUGGUACCGCCGCCACUACCUGCCCGACAAGGCCGACUGGGCGGCCCCCGAGGCGAGCCCGCUGCUGUGGGAGGGCGACUGGGCGCGCCUGCCGCCGGCCGAGGUCGUGCUGGGCGAGCUGGACGUCCUGCGGACCGAGGGGGAGGAGCUCGCGCGGAGGCUUGUCGAGGCUGGCGCCACGAGCACGAGGGUGACUGUCAUGAGGGGGCAGCCGCACCCAUUCAUUGCCAUGGAUGGGGUGUUGGACUGUGGCAAGCUUGCUAUCACGUUGUUUGUGGAGAGGCUUCUGAGGGCGUUUUAUGUUGAGGAUUAG